CAAUUCAUAGACGAAACAGAAGAAUCUGUGUCAUUCAUUCAUUCAUUUCAUUUUUGGUUUUUCAACCUGAAACUGAAAUGAAAUGAAAUGCCUCCAAAUGGCACUUCUCAAUCUUCCACGAAUCUUCUCCACUAUCCCUCCUUCUCCAAUCUUCUCAAUCCAUCCUCACCGUCCAUUUAAACCACUCACUUUUUCCUCCACUUCUCUCCGUCGUCUUCGCUGCCGUGUCGCUUCACCGGAUCCUCCUCCUCCUCCGCAUAACUCUGACCCACCUCCGGGAGAAGAUUCAUCACAGCUGCAAAAUGUUGCUGCAUCUUUAUCAAAAUUUCAAGAUAGAGUACAGAUCUUCUUUGCUGUUCUUUUCUGGAUGUCUCUAUUCUUUUGGGCUUCUGCAUGGGAUGGAAGGAAUAGACCAAACAAGGGAUCAAGAUUUAAAAAAUAAAAUAGUAAGCAUUUAAUUUGUAUAUAUUUAUUGAAUUAUUAUAACUUAGGAGAACAAAAUUAUAAAGUAAAGCAAAAAUAAUUGAAAUUAAUAUGUUGAAUGAAUGUUCUGUUUCUCCAUAA